ACCUGAUUGAAGCAUUAGUGUCGAAGAACAGAAUGUCUAAGGAAACUGAAGUACAAAGACAACAAGCACCACCAACUGCAGCCACCAAUCCACAAAACGCAGCUGCAGGAUGUGGCAACCAGAUGUUUUACCAGUACACAGCACCAACUGUAGUCCUACAGACACAAUCAGUAGCCACGAAAACGGUUAUUGAGGCCUACAUAUUGUCGAUACCUCUCGGCUUUCUUGGAGCUCAUCAUUUUUAUCUCCGCAGACCUGGAUUCGGAGUAUUAUAUUUCUUCACAUUCGGAUUGCUAGGAGCUGGCGUCAUUUUCGAUUGGUUUCGAAUGCCAUGGCUUGUUAAGAAUGCUAACAAAAGAGCUAAAGAUCCUGAAAUUGAGUAUAAAAAGAGACUGGAUGAUGCCUAUAUUCUUUGGUUUCCAUUCGGAUUGCUCGGAUUCCAUCAUUUCUAUCUGCGUAAUUAUGGUCUAGGAUUUGCCUACCUUUUUACAUUUGGACUUUUUGGUAUAGGUUGGCUGCUUGACAUAUGUUUUAUGCCUUAUCACGUGAGAAAAGCUAACGAAGAACCGAAAAUUCCCAACGAAAAAUCUGCAUGUGCUGCUGAAGUACUUGCUUUGUCACCAUUUGGAAUCCUAGGGUUUCACCACUUCUACCUAAACCGUCCAUUGUAUGGUGCGUCUUACUUCUUUACAUUCGGAUUAUUGGGUGUUGGAUAUAUUGUUGAUUGGUUCCGAACACCUAAUUUAGUGAAAAGACAUAAUGAAGAAAAGUUUAGUGGUAGAGAUCCGAAUCUGAAGUAUAGCGAUGACGCCUAUGUUUUAUGGUUUCCUUUUGGACUUCUCGGAUUUCAUCAUUUCUAUUUACAAAGACCACUUUGGGGAUUCUUGUACUUUUUUACGUUCGGUCUUUUUGGAAUUGGUUGGUUAAUUGAUGGAUUCCGCAUAUGUUGCAUGGUUAAACAACAUAAUGAAAACUUGAAGGAAAGACAACGGCUUCCGGUGUACCAAGGAGUUUACGGUCUACCUCCACCAAAUAGCAUAUAUACCAAUGGAUCCAGUGGAAAUGGAGCUCAACAUACCCACCCGAAUGGUCCUCCACCAUAUUCUACCACCAAUCAGAAUGGUUAUCCGGGUUAUGUGUUUCAACCUGGACAACAGGGUAACAGAUCGUAUCCACAGCAACAAUACGGGAUCAUGACAUAUCCACAGCAAGCACCAAUGCCAUAUCAGCAACCACCGGGAGUUAUGCCUUAUCAGCAACCUCACAGUGGAUUUAACAAUCCAGGUUAUGAGGCAACGACUGAAGCAGAAAGUCCACCACCAUAUCAUGCCGAUGAAGCUGGAGAACUUCAAACCAAACCUAAACCUUCGUAAUACUAUACUGAUACCUUUGGUAGCUAGAGUGCAACAUUAUACUGACACUGUAUUUGUCAAUGAGACGAGCCCAGUACCGAUGUAGACCGUCUUUUAUUUGUAAAUCUGAUUACAUAGUGUAAAUGAUAUGAAUGUUGUAGUAUUGUAUUGACAUUGUAUUAUUAUUAAAUUGUAUUAACAACUUGCUAGAUAUGAAAAGCUGUAUUAGUUUCUAUCUUAAAGAAAAGCAUCUCUUCAUUGUAAUUGAACAAUAUGCCAAUUUAUGGAGGACGGAAUCCUCAUGAAAUUAAAAAAAAACCCAAUACGUUAAGGAGACAAAUCUAUAUAAAAUAUUGAAACUAGUGAAUUCUGAAAUCGGUUAUUUUAUAUUUCUUGUUUUUGACAUAUGUGAAAUAGUCCUUUCCAGUUUUCCUUUUCCUGCAAAUUCGUAUAUCUUUCUACAAAAGAAAGAUAGGUGAUAAUACUAGUUAUUUUCGACCACAUUCUCUGUUAAAACAUGUCUCAUAUUAUUACGAUAGUCAGUAAAAAUCAACACAAAGACGUCAAUUGGUAUUCUAGUUUGUUUUAAAAUUAUAAUUUAAUGUAAGGUACCAGCUCCCUUAGGCGAAAUUGACGAUGUUGGCCAUUCUUUUUAUGUCCCUUUUGACCACAAAGCUCAUCGUGUAUUAAAACAUCUCGGUUUUUAAAAUUUUGGUUUUGAGCGUUCCUGAAGAAACUCAAUCUAAAAAUGUGCUUCAGACAAAGCAAAUUUUGAAAGUGUUAUUUUAAUUUUUUUAGCAUUGGGUCUGUUAGUCCCGGAGGAUAUCAUCAGCUCAGUAAUCGGUGUUUCAGCGUAAUUUCGCCAUGUUUUCUUUCUCUUGUCUAGUAGCUAGUACAAGUCAGUUUUAUUUCCUUCAGGAUGGAAAAUAAGGCGACAUAAGACCAGGUUUUCUCCCGCAGAAGUCAGUUAUAAAUGUCUCUAGGAAGGAAAGUGAGGCGUAUUUUGGCUAUUUUUUCUCACACCUAGCAACUAGUAUAAGUCAGUUUUAUUUCUUCUGGUGAUAUAAGUUAUUGUUUAACCUAUUAAUUGGAUACAGCUGAUAAAAGAGAGUCGAAAGGUACCAAUGUGAUAUUCCAACUCAUAGUCGAAUACAAAAUGACAAUGCCAUGGCAAAAAACUAAAAACGAUUGAUGGAUCUGAUCUAAUCUCACUGUUUUGUAUCAAAAACCUUGUCAAAGUCAAUAUUUGUUUAAAAAAUGAAAAUAUCAUUUUCAAAAUCCCUUGAAUUGCAUUUAAAAUGCUCAUGCAAUUUGCGACGGACGGAUCAUGCACAGGCAUAGAAAAGUGAAAAAAUAAACUCAUCAUAGAUACCAGGACUACAGUUUUGUACGCAAGACGGGAGUUUCGUCUACAAAAAACUCAUCAGUGAUGCUCGAAUAAAAAAGUUUAAAAAGGGCAAAAUAAAGUACGAAGUUGUAAAGCGUUGAGGACCCAAAAUUCUGAAAGGUUUUGCUAAAUAAAUCUAAGGUAAUUUUGUAAUUGUCAAUGUAAAUAAAGAGUAUUCCAUAG